GCGGCAAGCGGCGAGUCGAGAGCAUCCCUACCGUCCUCUCCGGACCCGUGCAGCCACCACGACACCCCGUGACGGGCGUGACGCUCAGUGACGCCGGCGAAACCCAGUGACGGUGGUGACGCCGGGUCGGUGACGUCAGUGGCACCCCAGACGGCGUUGGAGCGGUCGCCUAGCCGGCGCCAGCCCACUCACGGUCGUGACUCGCGGCGCGGAAGGCUCGCCGCUCGUGAUGUGAGGCCGAGCAGAGCUGUGAGGUCGUGAAGCGGAGCCGUGAGGUCGUGAAGCGGAGCCGUGAGGUCGCGAAGCGGACGGCGAUGGCGGCCCCGGCCGCAGUGUGGACUCGAAUGGUGGCGGUCGCAGCUCUGCUCGGACACGCACUCGGCGCCUCCAACGUGCACAUCUCUCACGUGCGCAUGCCGUCGGUGGUGCUGAACGACUCGCUGCCCAGCGUCGUGCUCGACUGCGAGUACGAGCUGGACGCGGCCGACCGAGCCGCCGCCGGCCUGGUGGUCAAGUGGUACCACAACCGCAGCCCGGCCCCGUCUACCAGUGGAUCCCCGGCUACCCGCCGCAGGCGUUCGGCCUGCUCCGAGGUCACGUCAACCUGGGUCACGUGGUCAGCGAUGACCCGCUGAAGGUGCACCGCGCCGUGCAGAUCGUGCGGCCAACGACGGCUAUGUCGGGCGAGUACACGUGCCGCGUGACCACGUGGCAGGGCGUCGACUCGGCCACCAAGAAGAUGGUCA